AUGUAUUUGUUAAUACCAAUACCAUUGUUAUACACACUUUUUGAUCAACAAGGUUCUCGUUGGAUAUUGCAAGGAACUCUAAUGAAUGGAAAGAUAGAUUUUUUAAAUUGGUCAAUUAAGCCUGAUCAAGUACAUUUCAUUAAUCCGUUAUUCGUUUUGAUAUUCAUACCACUUUUUAAUGGUGUAGUCUAUCCAAUUUUAUAUGAAAUUGGUAUAAACACACCUUUAAAAAAAGUCACUCUAGGUGGCCUAUUUACUGUAUCGUCGUUUGGUCAGACCUUAGUACUGCCGUCAAAUGAAGGUCAAUUAAGAAUAAUCAAUAAUUUUGAUUGCGGUGUUACUAUAUCUGGUUCUUUGGUUGGAAAUGUCAGUAUUGAACCAUUAAAUGUACUUCACAUUAAUUAUAGUUUAGAAGAAUUCAAUAAAACUGAUGUUAUAUCUAUAGACGUAAAUCCUAUGUGCCAAUUAAAAACGGGUAUUUUGCAACAACGUGUUUUCAUUGUAAAAGAAAGGGUCUCAUCGUAUUUUUUAACAUCUAAAAAUAAUGAUGGCAUAGAAUUGACACAUUUAAACGAAUUAAAGAAAUUGAAGAGUGGAAAUUCAAAUCUCAGGAUUUCGUACAGUCAUAAUUUGUCGGGAAAAAGCAUUACAUUAAGGAAUACUAAUAAUAAAUUGUCUGAUAUAAAUUUUAAAUUGCCACUAAACAAAAACACAAACCAUGAAAUACCUGUUGGAACUUAUGAUGUAUAUCUAGAUGAUGAAAAUAUUUUGCAAAUGACAGAUUUACUACCGGCUAGCGUUAAUGACUUAAUAUUUCAUCAUAGUUUUAACCAAACGGCGCCAUUAAGUAUGAAGUCUUUUAUAUCGGCAGCUAAUUUAUGUACUCAAGCAGUUGGAAAUUUACUUAUAGUUAUUAUAUCCAAGAUGAAAUUGUUUGAAAAUCAACUGCAACAACAUCAAAGAUCUAAAGUAUGUGUAACUCACCGAAAUCUUGAAAGAAUUUUCAUUUGA